GUCUCUACAGCCGAGUAGCUAAGUACUUCGUUACUAGCUUGAAAAUACGGGUGUAUAUUUAAUUGCUGUUAUAAAAGAAAUUCAUUUCAAAAUUAAGGAUUAUCUCCCUCACGCAUAGCUCUUAUCCUUAGACGAAUUUGACUUCACUUUUAUGGCACACUGUUUUCCCCUAUAAUAGCUCUAAAGCUUCAUUGUCAUUUCCGAUUUCAAAUAUUUCGGUUGAGCAUCACUGAAGAGAUAUUAUCUGUCGAAAUGCGCAUCUGGUGCAUCAAACUUGGUACCGUAUAAGUUUUACAUAAGGAACAUUUAAUUUGGAACUCCAAGUGACUUUCUAAUAAUCAAGUUUUAUUUACUGUAUAUAUAAUCGCUAUUGGAUAUUUUUUGAAUUUCAAUCCACAUCAUCGUGAAUACCCCCAAUAUUUAAAAUGAUUAAACGUAAUUCUAUACAACCCUGCUCGCCAAACUCUGCGCAUGAAAGUUAGUUGAAUAUGAUAAUGUGUAAACGGUAUAAAUUUCAGAUUUUGACAUUGUUUUCAUUUCCAGGUUUUUAUAUGAAAUGUAUGCUUAUAGGAGUUAUGAGAUUGAUCACUGUUCGUUAUCUUCGCCUUUCAUGUACAUACGAUUAAAAGAUUAUCUUGGUUUGUGUUUUAGGGAAAUGGGUGACUGUUACCUUAAAUACGAGGAAAAGAUAGGUCGUCUGUUUGGCCUUUACGGACAAUUUCUUGAGCGACAUCCUGUUAAAAUCCUGGUUAUCGCCAUCGCAGUAAAUUGUCUCCUUGGUCUAGGUAUGCUUCGACUCGAGGUGGAAAGUGGAGCAGAGCGACUUUAUACACCAGUUAACAGUCAGGCCUCCAAAGACAGGGACUAUUUAGAGAACAUCUACCCUAGUACCUUAGAAUUUUAUCCACAUAAAGAAACAACCGCUUUCUCGGAAGUUCUGAUUCUAACGAAGACCAGGGGGAAUAUGCUAACGUCAGCGUUUUUAGAUGAUGUUAAAAAAGUUGAUAAUUAUGUCCGGAACUCGAUUUCCAUUACUGUAGCAGGAACAGUUUAUAGAUUUGCUGAUAUGUGUGCCAAACAGAGCGGCGCUUGUGUUGUAUCGGGUGACAUCUUCUUGUCAAAUGAUUUCAAGCAAAUGAUGUUGGUGAAUAAUAUAACGUACCCAAUAUUCAAGGAGACGUCUUUAUCUUCUCUUCUUGCGAGUCCCUCUGCAUCAAACGGAAUGCUCGUAUCCGCCAUUGGAGUAAAAAUUACGUACUAUCUUCGCAACUCAUACUCAGACCAGUGGGAAAAAGCUUUUGUCGCUGCCAUUGCGGAUGUUCCUGUUAAUGUUUCAGAAUUAGCAUAUUCAUAUUCCAGUGCAUUAGAUGACGAACUUGAAAAUAAUGUAGGGGGAGACAUUUUAUUUUACUCUUUGACAAUAGCACUAAUGAUGACGUAUGCUUCCAUUGCCACCUCGAGAAUGAACUGUAAUUUUAUAGCAGACAGAAGUUUUUUAGGCCAGGCUGGAGUUUUUGCGGCUGCUCUUUCUAUAUUGCCUUCCUUUGGUUUUGCGAGUCUCGUUGGAGUGAAGUUUAUGAGCAUUGUUGGGAUCAUGCCUUUCCUUAUAAUAGGAAUUGGAAUAGAUGAUGUUUUCAUUUUGAUGUCGGGUAUAGCUGAUGCUAAGUCGGUAGACAAAUCCAGCGUAUCGGACAGAAUUUACUUCAUGAUGAAGACCAGUGGAAUAGCCAUAACCAUCACGUCCGUGACAGACUUUCUUGCUUUUCUCAUUGGAGCCAGUUCAGUCUUCAUUAGCGUCAGAAACUUCUGCAUUUAUACUGGCGUUGCUGUGCUUUUUUGCUACCUCAAUCAAAUGACUAUUUUCUCAGCUUGCAUAGUCAUCCAUGAAAGGAGAAUUAAAGGCAAUCGUCAUUGUAUGGCUUGUUGUGUGACAACAAAAGAAAAAGAAUCGUUGAGAGAAGAUGGCAAAACAGGAUGUUUACUUUACGCAUGUGCCGGGUAUCCACCUAAAGAUCGCAGAGAUGUUGACAGUCCUCUGGAGAGGUACCCCAAAAAACUCAUUCAAAAGAUUGUUAGUUAUUUGGCACUAAAGAUUAUAAUUAUAGUUAUUUUUACGAUUUACUUUGGACUUUCUGUGUAUGGUGCCAUCCACCUUGAACAAGGGCUUUCUCUACCCAAUCUUGUUACGGAUGACUCCUUCUUCCACAAAUACGCCACAUGGAUCGAAGAAUACUUUACUACAGAGAUAGUUAUGUCUUUUAAUGUAAAGAAUACUCUGACUUACUCUUCUGCAUGGACACAGAGUGUCAUAACGUCAGUACUAACUACGGCGAAGAACGACAAAGACAUAGAUUCGUCCUUUGAAUUAAACUGGUUGACGGCCUUCAAACAAUCCACUCUGUAUGUUGAUACCUCAGAAUCUGCGUUUAUUACGGCUCUCCAGACAUUUUUGACAAAUAUAACACAGUAUGCCAGUGAUGUAGUGAUUGAUUCGGCGGGA